CGCAUUCCUUGAUAGCGCUGCGAAGACUGGCGUGGCGACACUAUCCCUCUAUCAAACUUAACGUCAUCUACGACUUGGGCCCACAGCCAGUCCACACCAACUCUCCUCUACGCCUGCAUAGAUGUCCAAAGUCGCGGUCCUCCUAGGCAGCCUCCGCCGACCGGGAAACGGGAUCGGAAUAGCCUCCUGGCUCACCCCCGUCAUUCGCCAGGGCUUCAACGACACCAAGUCUGCCGUCGCAUCCCACAAACCCCCAGUCGACGUCGUCUUUCUUGAUCCCACAAAACCCCCACUUCCUCUGGGUCCCCUCGUGGACGGCUCGCACGUACCCUCGGACAUCCGCGACCCCACAAAACACCCAAACCCCGCCAUGCGCGACUUCGCGACGUUCAUCUCCUCGUGUAGCGCCCUCGUCGUCCUCGCGCCAGAGUAUAACGGCUCGUACCCCGGCGAGCUGAAGAACACGCUCGACCACCUGUACUGGGAGUGGAGGAACAAGCCUGUCGCCGUCGUGACGUAUGGCGGCGGCGGCGGGACGCGGUGUGCGGGGCUGCUGCGGUCGCUGCUCGGAAGUUCUCUCAAAAUGCGUGUUGCGGAGAAAGGCGUGGCGAUCAAGCUACCCAGGUCGCAUUCUGGAGGCCAAGAGAGGGUGCCCACUGAUGGACGUCCUCCGGACUGGUUGGAGGAAUACAGGCCACAGGUGCUGGAGGUGGUGGCGGAGCUGCAGCGGCUGAUGGCUGACAAGUCUUGAGAGAUCCUCGCGUGCUCCCAGCGGAGCACAAACUCCUCCCUAGCUAGACGACCGACAGUGGUGUAUGCCAACAGCUGCAGCUUAAGAUACCCUUGGAUAUACUGGUCCUUAGCGCCCCCCACCCACAUAGCUUUCCACACCCCUUGUCCCGAUUCUUGGUUUUGCAUGGAACGCCAUGCGGGGAUGAUUCAGUUUGAA